GGGCUGGGAGACAGCUGUGCCUAGCACUGCAGGCUGCUCGCCGCAGAGCACAGCCCCUCCAUGGGACUGCUUCACAAUGUUCUGCCUGAAAGCGGUUUCCAACCUAGAUGAGGAGAGCAGAUGGACAGUCCACUACACUGCUCCCUGGCACCAGCAGGAGAACGUGUUUCUUCCGGCCUCGAGGCCCCCCUGCGUGGAGGACCUGCACCGCCAAGCCAAGCUCAACCUCAAAUCAGUGCUGAGGGAAUGUGAUAAGCUGCGGCGGGAUGGCUACCGGAGCUCUCAGUACUACUCCCAGGGACCCACCUUCGCCAGCUCCGGUCCACCCAGCGAUGAGUAUCAAGAUGAGGAUGAUGAAACAAAUCAGAAGGGUUCUAUCUCUUCCUUGGAAGAGGAAAGACAUAUUUCCAUCAGGAGACCUAAAACGCCAACCUCAAGUGACCUCCCUGACCUUAAUACUCAGACGAACUGGGCCCAGUCUCUUCCCUUGCCAACACCAGAAGAGAAGAUGCGACUGCAUGCCCAGACAGUCCAGGCUGAUGUGGUUCCUAUUAACAUAACCGGGGAGAAUUUCGAUCGCCAGGCCAGCCUUCGGCGGUCUCUAAUUUACACAGACACUCUGGUAAGACGACCGAAGAAAGUCAAAAGGAGAAAGACUAUUACAGGAGUCCCUGACAACAUACACAAGGAGCUAGCCUCUGGCACCGGCCAGGAUGGUGUUGGUGGUCACUCGGUGUACGCCCCCGACCACUGCUCCACACUAGGAAGGCUUGGCGGCUGCCGGUCUGCGGGGCAGCGCUCGGAAACCCGGGACUCCAGCUGCCAGACGGAGGAGGUGAAGGUCGUGCCGCCUUCCAUGAGGAGAAUCAGGGCCCAGAAGGGGCAGGGCAUCGCCGCCCAGAUGAGCCACUUGUCAGGCUCCUCCGGGAACAUGUCUGUGCUGAGCGAUUCUGCGGGCAUCGUGUUCCCCUCUCGCCUCAACACCGAUGUGGGUUUCCACAGCCUCCCCCGAUCCGGAGCGAGGGCCAGCAUUCAGUCCCUGGAGCCCCGGCCGGGCGCCCCAGGCCCUGCGCAAGACCUGGAUGGCACGUUCGAAAACCCAGGGCAGUUAGGAGGUGCCUCAAGGACCGGGACGCUUUUUAGGCCCAAAUCUCAGGAGCUGAGGCGCUUUGAGAGUGAAAACAGAGCAAGCCCAGCGUGCGUGGUGUCUCCCCACGGGACGUACAGCACCAGCGUCAUCCCCAACGCCACCCUCUCCUCCUCCUCAGAGGUUAUUGCUAUCCAGACUGCUCAGAGUUUGGGGCAGCUGGACAGUAGAAUGACCAGCUCCUCUUCCCACACGAAGGUGAGACCCAGAGACCACCUGCUGCCCAGGCACUCUGGUGAAGGCGACCGCCCGUCUCCCAGUGGCACCUGGAGUGAGGGCCCCUCCACCAUCGUCUCGCGGGCUUUCGACCCCCACCCGCCCAGGGCAGCCACGCUCCUGGCCCUCUGUGACUCGGCAGUCUCCCUCAACACCCCAGCAAACCAGGAGAACGGGUCCCAAGCCAUGGCCUAUACCUGUAGAAGGAACCCGAACUUCCCAGCCCACCCCCAGGACGUGGACGGCCAGAGCGAGCCCAGUUACUCAGGAGGCGGGGGGCAUGGUGGCGGGGAGCCCUGGGAAUACAGUGCCUCGGGGAGCGGGCGGGCAUCCCCCCUGAAGCCUCACGUGGCGACUCCUGGUUGCUCCACUCCUGGAAGUAACAUGAGCAGCUGCAGUUUGGACCACACGUGCCACAGAGAGGGCGCCAGGUCCCUGUACUCAGAGGACCACGAUGGCUACUACGCAUCUGUGCACCCCGAUGCUGGGCCCGGGCCCGGGAGUCUGUGCAGCAGCAACAGCAGCAAUGGCUUUGGGAACCCCAGGCACAGCGUGGUCAAUGUGUUUGAUGGAAGAGCUCCGAAGAACCAGGGGGACAAAUCCCAUUCUCGAAACAUCUCCUUGAAGAAAGCAAAGAAGCCGCCCCUGCCCCCCUCUCGGACGGACUCGCUGCGCAGGGUCCCCAAGAAGAACGGCCAGGCCAACGGGCAGGUGCUCAACGAGAGCCUCAUCGCCUCCCUCCAGCACUCGCUGCAGCUGAGCCUCCGGGGCCAGGGCGGCCUGUCGCCCUCGCAGAGCCCCUGCAGCGACCUGGAGGAGCCGUGGCUGCCGCGCUCCCGCAGCCAGAGCACCGUCAGCGGGGGCAGCAGCCUGGCCUCGGCCACCGCACCCCAUGGCUGCGCGCCGGGCGGGGUCACCCCGUCCCAGAGCGACACGAGCAGCGUCAAGUCCGAGUACACGGACCCGUGGGGCUACUAUAUCGACUACACGGGCCUGCAGGACGACCCUGCGAGCCCCGGCGGGGGCCGUGCGGCUGGCAGCGGGGCGCCAACUGGCAACGGGCCGGGCCGCCACGUCCCGGAGGGGUGCAGGGCCGCUGCGCCCCACCUGCCCGGCGGCUCCGUCAAACCAAAGACCACGUCGCCUGAGAAGGCCCACCGGGUCACCUCCCCCUCCAGCGGGUAUUCCAGCCAGUCCAACACGCCCACCGCGCUCACCCCCGUGCCUGUGUUUUUAAAGUCCAUGUCGCCCGCCAAUGGGAAGGGCAAGCCCAAGCCCAAGGUUCCAGAGAGGAAGUCCUCCCUGGUGUCUUCGGUCUCCAUCUCCUCCUCGUCCACGUCCCUGUCCUCUAACACGUCCACGGAGGGAGGCGGGACGGUGAGGAGGCUGGACUCGGCGCCGGCCUCUCUGCCUGCUGCCCCUUCUCUCCCCUCUCCCUCGUCUCCAUGUCCCGCGGACACGUCUCCUUUCCUCCCUCCUCCGCCGCCUUCAGCAGACUCCCCCGAGGGCCCUCUGCCUCGGUCUCCCCUGUUCCCCCCUCCACCCCCAGAGGUUCUCACUCCCUUCUGUUCUCCCGACGCAGGCUUUCCUCCUCCCCCCACCGCCCGGAGCCCCCUUCUGGGCUCACCUGCCUCGGUGCUACCCCCUCCACCCUCUUUACCCUCCUCGGUCCCUCCUCCUGCCCCACCACUCGACCCCAAGUUGAUGAAAGAUGCCAGGCCUUCAUUCAAAAAGUCUAGCCAGCCAACCUCCCCGCAGGAGGCCUGCAGACCGCCGGGGACCACGGAGGAGGGCGGCAGGCCUCCCCUGCCCCUGAUCACCGCCGAGGCCCUGCAGACGGUGCAGCUCAGGCCGGUGAGAAGGAACUCAGGAACCCAGGGAGCGCCGCUAUCUGAACCAGCAUCUCAGGAAAAACGAACUCCGCCGGUGCCCCAGUAUCAUUUAAAGCCAUCUGCCUUGCUGAAAUCCCGAAAUAGCAUAAAUGAAAUGGAGAGUGAAAGCCAGCCUGCCUCCGAGACAAGCCCGCUUCCGACUCCUGCCAAGAUCAUGAGUCAGGGUCACCGGGACGGUGCAGCCGAGCGUGGCCGCCCGAGCCGCAGCCCGGGCAGUGCCGGGGAGGCGGAGGCCGGGCCGGGCCCCGGGACCGCCCCGCUCCAGAGGGCCCCCGCACCUUCGCCCAGCAAGAAGCCACCCCCCAUUUCCAAGAAGCCCAAACUGUUCCUGGUGGUGCCACCUCCGCAGAGAGAUUUCACAGUGGAGCCAGCAGAGAACGUGAGUGGAGCGGUGCCCAGCCCCACGAGGGGAGAGGCCAACGAGACUGGUGCAGCCCCGGCUGGUUCUGAUGAGACCGACUCCUCCGGCAGCUCGGUUCUUGAGGGAGGAGCUGCAGGAUCCACGUCCCCAGGCAGAAGGGAAGCCAAUGUCCCCAUGGUGCAGCCCAGUGCCUCGCCAGCCCCCAAGCAGGAGGAGCCAGGCACCGAGAACAGCGUGGACCGCGGGGGCCAUGCGGAGGAGCGCUGCCCGGCUCUGCAGGACCCAGGGCCCCGGGUGCCGGAGCCCGACGCGGCUGGCUCUUCCCCAGAGGUCUUUGACUUCCUUAAGGAAGAAGGGAGUGAUGAGGUGAUGACCCCCAGUAGACCCCGGACCACAGAAGACCUCUUCGCAGCUAUUCACAGAUCCAAGAGGAAAGUCCUUGGCCGUAAAGAUUCAGAGGACGAUCACACCAGAAACCAUUCUCCCUCCCCGCCAGUGACGCCCACCGGUGCCGCCCCCAGCCUGGCCUCCCCAAAGCAGGUGGGAUCGAUCCAGAGAAGUGUCCGCAAGAGCAGCACCAGCAGUGACAACUUCAAAGCUCUGCUGCUGAAAAAGGGGAGUCGGUCAGACACGGGUGCCCGCAUGUCCGCAGCCGAGAUGCUUAAGAACACAGACCCUAGGUUCCAGAGGUCAAGGUCGGAGCCCGCGCCAGACGCUCCCGACAGCCCGUCCAGCUGUUCCCCGAGCAAGAACAGAAGGGCCCAGGAGGAGUGGGCCAGGAACGAAGGCUUGAUGCCUCGGAGUCUGUCCUUUUCCGGCCCCAGGUACGGCCGCAGUCGAACCCCACCUUCGGCAGCCAGCAGCAGGUACAGCCUGCGGAACCGGAUCCAGAGCAGCCCCAUGACCGUCAUCUCGGAAGGCGAAGGGGAGGCCACGGAGCCUGUGGACACCAGGGCUCGCCGUGUCCUGGGCGCUGCAAGGGGCUGUUCCCUGGACGGACUGGUGGGGGAUGACAUGGAUGGGGGAAGCCUGCCAUGUGGUCCCGCAGAUGGGACAACCGGUGCCCAGGGCAGGGGCCCGUCGGAACAGUGCGGGGGUCCUCUGAGGGAAGCAAGUUAGGGGCAAGAAUGGGAUCUCCCAGGUGACGUGGGGGGAUGCACAACCCAUCGCUCUAGGAAGCCCGAGGAGCCCUUCCCUGUCUGCCCAGGGAUCCCACCCGUGUGUGUGCUGUGGACCCGGGCACUGCCUUGCCUGCAGUGGAUGAGGGUCACCUAGGACUCACUUGGCACUUGCCCUGUGGCUUAAAAGCAAGUAGAAGCUUAACUUCUGAAAGUGCUUCCUGGGGAAGAUUUUUUUUUUUUUUUUGGUUAAAUGUUGGGUGUGUGUGAAUAGGUGUGUAUGUGUGCAUUUUGAACACUUUAUGUUUUAAGAAAAAUACACAGACACACAACAUGUACAGAUAUAUGAGGAGAAAAAGACACAAGUAGAGUAAUGGAAGCUUCUGGACUAGGUGGCGAUGCUUUGAAAGUAUGUGUGGAAAUGAGUGCGUUCCAGAAGGGAGAGGACCGUGACUUCGAGAACGAGGUGGUAGAUUUGCUGGUUCUGAGUGCACAGAACGCAUGGGUAUAGGCACAGGUGUGCUUUCGUGGUUAACCCGAACGGUGGGGAAAGGGCUAAGUGACUAAUGGGUUCAGGUACUUUUUUCUGGGGGAAAAAAGGCUUUGUUUCUUUUUUGUAAAAAUGACAAACAUUGGAAGGGACAGCGCUGUAGUCGGAGCCUGCUGCUGUGCAGCCACAGACACAACUCGCAGCCCGAUUGUUAGAAACGUGGGUGAUUUUUUAAUGAAUUUCCUCCUUUAUAGCGGGGACCUUCGAGAACUGAAAUGAGGGUGUGCACAUGCAGAGAGGGUGAGAGAAGGCAGAGGAGCGAGUGAUACACUGCUGCAAUUUGUUUCCUGCUUAUGAAAUAAACUUAUUUUUCAGAAUGAAAUUUGAAAACUUGCACUACAGAACUGUGGGUGGAGCUUUUCCUUGUACAACUGUUUUUACCAGAGUUUAAACGUCCAUUUGGCAAUUUCUUAUCACUUGAAACGUCAACAUUUGCUAACUUUUGGAUAUCCUUUUGGUUACACCAAAGAAAAAGUUAUGGCUAUUUUUCCUUGAACUGCCUGCAGUAUCAUAUCCUCACUGAGAAAGGUUUAUCGAAAUCUAUUAUAUAUUAUCUUACUUUGACGAAAAUGCUGAAUAGCUCUUGUUAGUCUAAUAAACUGAUAAAAAUUGGUAGGGCUUGGGAAUGAAUUAGCCCUGGGAAAUGAGUUUUUAGAUUAAAAAGAUUUUUUUUUGCA